CCCAUCCCCUCUGUCUGUCCUCCCCGCCUCCCUGAAGCAGGAUACCGCAACUUGUCGUCUUCGGACCGCGCAGUUCAGCUCCUCUCCAAACUGCUCCGCUCGCUCGCUCGCUCUCUUCCUGCUGUCUUUUCCGCAACUUCGAAUCAACAAUUGGUGACUCUGUGAUUGGAGAGCGUCCUCCAGCCUCCCACAGCGUGCGCUGGAGAGUGCCAUCAUCGUCACCACCACCAUCAUCAUCAUCAUCAUCACCAUGGCUCUACGAGCUUGAGCGCUUUCCUUCCCAUCCUUGAUUGAGGCGACAGGAAGGAAGAGAAAAAAAAAAAUGCGGGACCGAGCUGAUGUGGUGCGGUAAACUCAGCGGACAGAGGGGUUGAUGAGCACCUUGAGGGAGCCGCGGUCCUCUCCGACAGGUGCGCGGCUGUGAGCGCGGCGAGGGGAGGACGGAGGGCGGUGGGGGGUUAGUUAGACUCCGGCGCAAAGUGCGUGCGUUUCCCCGUGCUUGCAUGUGCAAACUAUUUUGGGCAAAACGCCGACCGCGUCUGACAUGUGGAGCCGGAUCGCAUCCGGAAGACAUCCCUGAACAUGAGGAAAGGCAGACGUCGUGCAAGUAUGGGUCUUUCUGUGCUUUUCAGAUGGCUUAUGUUCACGGUGGCGAUACCCGCCUGGCUGCUUGCAGCGCCGAGCGGUAUCCGGGAGCGCCGCUGCCCCUCGAGCUGCAGAUGCGAUGGGAAAAUAAUAUACUGUGAAUCCAACGCCUUCCGCGAUGUGCCAAACAACGUGUCUGUGAGCACGCAGGGCCUUUCCCUCCGUUACAACAGCCUGGUGAACCUCCGAGCCCGGCAAUUUGCAGGUCUCAGUCAACUGGUGUGGCUCUACCUCGACCACAAUUACAUCACUGCGGUGGAUGGCCAGGCGUUCCACGGGAUCCGGAGGCUCAAGGAGCUGAUCCUCAGCUCCAACAAGGUCACGCAGCUGAAGAACAACACGUUCCACGACGUCCCAAAUCUACGAAACCUCGACUUGUCCUACAACAAGCUGCAGGUUCUGACACCCAAUCAGUUCUUGGGUUUGCGGAAGCUGCUCAGUUUGCACUUGAGGUCGAACUCCUUAAAGACCAUCCCCAUGCGAGUUUUCCUCGACUGUCGCAACCUGGAGUUUCUUGAUAUUGGUUACAACAGACUCAGGAGCCUGACGCGCAACGCUUUUGCAGGACUCUUAAAGCUGGUCGAGCUUCACUUGGAGCACAACCAGUUUUCAAAGAUAAACUUUGCUCACUUCCCCCGCCUGACUAACCUGAGGGCCCUCUACCUGCAGUGGAACCGCAUCAGGCUGCUAACCCAGGGCCUGCCGUGGAUGUGGACCUCCUUGCAAAAGCUGGACCUCUCGGGAAACGAGCUGGAAGUGCUGGACACCAGCACAUUCCAGUGCCUGCCCAACCUUCAGACUCUGAAUCUGGACUCCAACAAACUCAGCAACGUCUCCCAGCGGACGGCGGAGACUUGGAUUUCCCUAACCACCAUCAGUCUGGCCGGGAAUUUGUGGCACUGUAACCCCAACAUAUGCCCGCUGGUGUCCUGGCUCAAAGCCUUCAAGGGCAACAAAGAGACUACUAUGAUUUGUGCUAGCCCUAAGGAGGCCCAAGGAGAGAAAGUGACAGAUGUGGUGGAGACUUAUAACAUCUGUACAGCAACCCCGACCCCAAUCCCCUCGACGACUUUGCCUCUCACUUCCCCUUUCCAGCCUGAUUUCCUGCCUCUUCCCACGCAGCUGGUGGCGGAUAAAAAGCUGACCUGGAAUACGACGACCCCGCCAACUCCUUCCGAGGCUCCCACCCCCGUGCCAUUGCCCGACACCGACUAUGUAUCCUUCCACAAGAUCAUAGCCGGCAGCGUGGCACUUUUCUUAUCUGUGGCUGUAAUUCUGCUGGUUAUCUAUGUGUCAUGGAAACACUAUCCCAGCAGUCUCAAACAGCUCCAGCAGCGCUCGGCAGUCAAAAAGCGCCAGAAACAGGCACGACAGACUGAGCGCUCCUUUAAUUCCCCCCUGCAAGAGUACUAUGUGGACUACAAGCCCUCCCAUUCAGAGACUAUGGAUAUGCUGGUUAAUGGGACGGGACCUUACACCUACACCAUCUCAGGCUCCAGGGAAUGCGAGAUCCCACGGCAGCUGAACCCCCUGGCUCUGUACAGGUGUGAGCAGUCGGUGCUGGAUCACCGCCAUGCCCACCUGUCGCUGCGCCACAACGUGGGCACGGAGCCCUGGGCCCGGGCGCCGGGAGGUCCGGGGCCGGCCCCGUACCACCCGGGCCCGAUGGGCGCCCUCCCCUCCGAGCUGGCGCCGCCUCGCCCCCGGACUCGCUCCCACUGCCGGUGAGCUGCGCGCACCGACAGGCCCCUGAACUCCCCGUACUCGUGCAAGACGGUGUCAGCGAACUGCUCAGAGGAAAUAAAAAAAAAAAAAAAGAAAAGGUUGCGUAGGAGGAAACUGGGACUGCUAAUGGAGCAAAGGAGACAGGUCCUCUACCGCGGAGCAUCCAGGAUCCAGGGUAAAUGAGAACGAAAGGGUUUUUUUUCUUCUUUUUUUUUUUUUGUCCCCAGCAGGAAUGUAAAGGGGGUGCAGCAGUAUCGAUCGGCGAGAGUCUGACCUCCACGGCCCCACAUGUCCUCAAUUAAGCGAAGGAGGCUAACGAGUAGCACGACUCCCCGCGUGUCCUUCGCCCCCGGAUGGCAUUUUUAAUGAUUUGCUAAUCUUAUUAAACACAUUUCCUCGACUUCUCGCGGUCUGGGAGCCUCUGUGCUCUGAGAGUAAUCAAGUGAUUAACGCUAUAAGUGAAGAUGAGUCGCAGAACAAAUGAAAGAGUGUCCAAACAAAGUUUUUCCUGCUCUCUCUGUCUCUCUCUCUCUCUCUGCGACUGACUGACGGUGUUUUCCCUUUAGUUUAAGGCAAAGAAAUCAACAAAAACAAGUCUGAAUAUAGCAGACAGUAAGUGCCAUCUAAAUUGUACAGCCUCCACUGAUUUGUUGGCACUAAGUCUAAUUUUUAUGGUGACUUAUGAUGUGUGAUGUUGAUCCCGCUCACAUUAGUUUAUCACAGCGGAGAGAAACUACCCACCGGGAAGCGACACUGCAGCACUCAGAUAUUUACUUUUCAUCCCUCAUUGGAGUCACUCUCGUGGUUAACGGUUUCUGAUUUCAUAACGCGUUAUUAAACCAAUUAUCUGACUGUGCGCUCAUAAAGCUACGUGUGUGCUUUCUUCUUCUUCUUUUUUUCUUUCUUUCCCCCUCCCUUACAAGAUGUUGCAAUGUAAUAUGUGGUAAAUAAAACUGUGGUAAAUGAUCGGUAACAGUGUCGUUCAUCAAGAUCGGUGGCUUCGACCCAAACAACUGUCUGCUGCAUUUAGACGGCUGCGGAGGCGGACGACACAAAAGGAGCGUCGCGCCGGAGGCGAGGCUGUCGAACAACAAAAUGUCUCGUUUUUAAUGCUUUAGUAACUGGACUCCCUCGACCCCCAAAUGGUAACUCUUUCUUGCUUUUCUUCUCCUGUGACUGUGUGACCGUUUUCUGAUGUAAUAAAGUAAACUGGGACUCUC